GUCAGAUUGAUCUUGUUAAGCUAGAGAUCAUCAGGAUGAAACGCUCUUUCUGGUUUCUUUUUGUAUGCACUAUGACUUUGUCACAUGUUUCUGAACCACUAGUAAAACAGAAUCCAUGUUUCAAAUUACAGAAGGACAGAUUGGAAAUCUUAGUUUACAGAAAUAUCUUGAAUAAUGUGAGUAGGAAAUUUUCUUUUUUUAUUAUUAAUAUUGAAAGUAUCAUUUACAGAAAAAGAGAUGGAAAAAUCAUCGUAUCAUCACUCCAGCCUUAAUUCUUUACAAGCUAUCUAGAAAGAAAGUUAAAAGAUUUCGUAUUGUAGGGACUAUUCUAAAAGAAUUUUGGGACGUAAUGUUAAAUAGUAAAGACUUUUUGAAGGAUGGACAGAAGAAAAUUUUCGAUGCUUUCCUUGUGAAAGCGGAACAUCUAUACUACCGAAUUGAAAAAGAAAAUUCGAAGUAUUUGGAUAGAGAAAUCCAAAUAAAAGAUUUUACGCACUUGGAAAGUGUUCCAAAAGCCCUGAUCCUCAUUAAUGAAUGUAUUGAUGCUUUUGAUAGUCUUGAAAUAUGUUCAUAAAUUUUUUUUGUAUUUCACAAUAUCGUAUGCGUUCAAUUUUUGAUUGUUAAAAUUUCUACUUUAUAAUCAUAAUAAAUGUGAUAUUCGAUUCAAAAAAACCAUAUAGCUAAAUCAUUUCCCCCUUCCGUUAGACUGAUCGAUAUUUUUGAAUGAAUUAGUCAUAAAUAGUCAUAAUACACAUAGUAAAAGAAUCAUUGUCUGUAGAGGGAAGAGAAUUAGACCAAAGAAAAAAAUGGCUACCGUCGAAUAUUCGAUUAAAGAGAACUUAGUCACUUGUGCUAUCUGUUCAAAAUUAUGGUUAAAGAGGAAUCCAAAAACAUUACCGUGCCAUCAUACGUUUUGUUUGCAAUGUUUACAAGAAGAAUCAAAAGUUAAGAACGGAGAAAUUAUUUGUUUCACUUGCAAAGAAGCUUGUAAAAUACCUACUAAUGGAAUUAUUGAUUUACCAGAGAGUAUAAUAACGCCAACAAGGAAUUGGUGUGAAAAUCAUAAAAAAGAGACUUCAAUAUUCUGUAUAGAUCACAACAUACCAUAUUUAUGUGACAUAUGCGUUAGAGAAAACCACAAAUUAUGUAAUAUUACAACAAUGGUAAUACACGAAAAAACCAUUGAGCAAUACAGAGAGAAAGAACUGUUGAAAAAGCGACAAUAUAAACAAAAAAUUGACGAAAUUAAGCAACAAUUGAAAAUAAGUAUUGACAAACAAUUGGAUAACAUUUAUAAUGAAAUUAACGAAAUUAGCGAUCAGAGAUUGGAAAUGAUAAAUUCAAUUAUCCCUUCGAAAGGUAAUCAAUUACCUGAUGUAGAAAUUUUAAAAACAUUCGUAAACGAAAACGUAACGUUUUCUAUUGAAAAUGACGUGAAAAUUCAUUAUAAAAUCGACAAUAAACAAAUUGAAAGAAAAUUUGGAAGAAAAUUAGGAAAAAAAUUUGAUUUUUCAAAAAAAUGUUUUUUCAAAAGUGAUAUGAAAAAAGUAUUAAAUAUUUUACAAACAAAUUCAGAUAUAGAAGAGAUUAACUUAUCUCAUAAUCUAUUCAUUAGUAACAACCUAUCACAAAUCUGUUUAAACCUAAACAAUUCAGUUAGAACAUUAAAAGUUCUAAUAAUACAAAAUUGUAUGUUAAUUGAAAAUAUGUGCGAGACUAUUGGAAAAUGGAUUUUAAAUUAUUGUAACGUAAUUGAACAUUUAAAUUUAUCACAAAAUUUAAAUAUGGGAAAUGGAUUAAUGAUAAUCUGUGAAAAUAUAAAAAAAUCAACAUUUACUCUAAAAUCAUUAGAAUUAAGUAAUUGUAAUUUAAAUGCAAAACAGUGCGAAUCAAUAACGUCAUUAUUAUUGAAAUGUUGUAAUUUUGAAUAUUUAAAUUUAUCAAAUAAUUUAAAUAUUGGUGAUAAAUUAUUAAGAAUUUGUCAAGCUCUUUUUGAAAAAUCUUCCAAGACAUUGCGAAAUAUUAAUUUUGAAAAAUGUAAUUUAGACACAGAUUCAUUGAAGCAAAUUGGAAAAUUAUUGAAAAAUUGUUCAAAAAUUCAACAAUUAAAUCUAUCAAAAAAUCAAAUAAUUGGCUAUGAAAUAUUCAAUUGCAUUGAAAUUAUUCAUAAUUCAUUAACCUCCAUUGACCUUUAUAAUUGUGAUUUAGACUAUAAAGCUUGUAGACAUCUUGGAAAAUUACUUAUCAAUUGUCCUAGAAUUAGGAUAAUUGAUUUUGGAAAUAAUUUAGGAAUGGAUAAGAAUGAUACUAAUGGAUUUUCUGAGUUAUGUAAAGGGUUAGAAGAAUCAUCUAACAGUUUAGAAAAGAUUAGUUUUCAUGAUGGUGGUAUAACCAAGAAAAUGGCGGCUUGUAUUGGUAAUCUGUUAACGAAAUGUUAUUCCAUUAAAUUUAUUAAUUUGGAACGAAAUCUAAAUAUGAACUAUGAUUCAUCAAAUAUCUGCAAUCAACUGCAAAAUUCCAGUAGCACUUUAACAUUUAUUUCUCUGACGGAUUGUAAUUUAGAUGAGAUUACUUGUAAAAGUUUGGCAGAAUUAAUAAAAUUAUGUAAGAGACUGGAAGAGAUUUAUCUAACCGGAAAUAGAAAUUUAUCAACUGGAAAUGUAUUUAAAGAUUUUUGUAAAGGACUGGAAAACUCUUCUAAAACUUUAAAACUUCUUAUCUUGAAAAAUUGCAAUUUGAAUGAAGAACAUUGCAAUUAUCUUUCUCAACUUUUGACAAAAUGUUGCCGAAUCGAGAUUCUUAAUCUAAGUCAGAAUCAAAUGAUAGGAAAAGGAUUGAAAAGCGUCUACAGAGAUUCGUGUAAUACUCUAACAUCAAUUGAAAUAAGUGAUUGUAAUUUAAAUGUUGAGCUAUGCGAAAGUUUAACAGUUGAAUUGAAGAAAUUUAAAAGUAUUGUAAGAUUACAAUUAACCGGAAAUCCAGAUAUGAAAAAUGGAUUAAUUGAUAUUUUAAAACAGAUUGGAAAAUGUUCACCAUUUUUGAAAGAUAUUAAUUUAUCUAAAUGUAAUUUAAAUUCACAAAUUUGCCGUAAAAUUGCAGUUGAAUUGAGAAAAUUAUCUCAAAUUCAGUAUUUAUCUCUAACCGGAAAUACUGAAAUGGGAGAAGGAUUAGAGAAGAUUAUCGAAGCUCUUCAAAGUUCAUCAUUAACUUUAAAGGAAUUAUAUUUAAACGAAUGCAGAAUUACCGAAAGAAUAAGAGCAUAUCUACAGCAAAAAUAUUCCAGAGUAUCAUUAAUUAUUUAAUAUUUUGUUUGCCAAUUAGAUUUAUCCUGUUUUCUUAGUUAUUAAUAAAUGCCCUUGACCUUUUCUAAAAAAUAUUAAGCAUUCAUUUAGACGGAGUGUGCACAAUGAGUGUUUAACAAUAAAUCUAAUACGGUUUGAUAUGUAGUAAUAAACAGGUAUUUUGUAACAAAAAGUUACUGUAGAGACUGUGGUUUUAUGGUUAUACCAAUGAAAAUAUAAAGAACAAAAGCUAAUUAAUUAAUCAAUCUUAUUGGUUUUUUUUGGUCAAUAAGGACACUGAAAAAAUAUGCCAAACCAAUUUGGAAUUGUUUUCAAUUUUCUCUGUUAUAAAUACACAAUAACAACAUUAACAACAUGAGAGAUUUUUCAGCCCUAAAAAGACACCAUUACUCCUAUCCAAUAAGGAAAUUAGAUGGAUUGUUUUAAACUGGAAAAAAAAUGAAGACAACUAUGAUUCCUGAAUCAUUAUACAAUUUAUCGAUGAACUAUAUCAUUUAUCAUUUAGGCGAUAUGAGCGAUUUAAUUAGGAAGAAUAAAAUUUCAAUUCCAAUUUCAAUUGUUAGACAAAUAAUUGAAAAAAGAUUUAAUAGAAAACCACCAUUAUCAUCGAGAGAAUUAUCAUUCUUCUCCUCAGAUAUUACAACAUUUACCAGUAUAACAUUAAGAUUAUUUACUAUUGAAAAACUGGUAAAUUUUAAUUUUCUUAGAGGACAUCCAAUCAAAUAUUUAGAUGUUUCAAAUAUUUCCAAAAUGAAAAAGUUAUUACCAAAAAUUGAUAGUAAAUUUUUAAUUUUUAUAAAAUUCAAU